UAAUUGCUAUAUCCUUAUAAUAUAAAGUUAAUAAUUUAAAAAUAUGUAGGAACGUAAGUUAGCACCUUGAGCACCACGUGUUACGAAUAUCUCGAUAAGGUCGAGAAGUAAACAAAGUUGAUUGAUUAUAUUUUGUUAAUUAAUUUAUAUUAAAUGUGGAAACAAUAUACUUUUACUGAUGAAAAUAUCAGCAAAAUUCGAGAAAGAUAUGCAACAAAUAGUUCGGAUGAUAAUUUUUUAUAUAAAUUAUUUGUGAAACACAACAGUACGAGGGAGAAUGACAUUCAAAGCGAAAAUAAAGUUGUUGAAGAAGAUAUUAAAUCAUUUAUUAAAUUUCAUCGUGUAAACAUUGAAAAUCCUGAUAAAGAUACAAAACAAUCGCAAAUUAAAACAUUACAAGAAGAAAAUUCAAAUUACCAGUCUGAUCAAUCAUUUGAUAAGAUUAAAUUAUAUGAACUGAAAGAGCAGCUUUCAUUACAGAAUGAUAAUGUCCAAAAUGAUACAAACUUAAGACUUCUUGGAGAAGUUUUUAGUAAUAUUAAUCCAAAGCAUAUACCAGAUGUCUGUGAAUACUUAGAAUUAGACAAAUUAAAGGAAACAAAUUUUCAUUCCUGUUUUUGCAAGUUAAUUUUACAAUUGACACCGCAAAUCAGUUUCUUCACAGAAGUUGCUUUGAUCAAACAUCUUUUAUAUUCAAAAGUAAUUUGUUUGGAUAAUCAACCAUCAAGAUUAUUAAUUUCGAAUGUUCUAGAAUGGGCAAAAAUCUCUCCUAAAGCUGUGCUGGAAGGUCUUUUUAUACCAUGUAUACAAAAUAAUUAUUUAGGUAAAGUACAAGUGGAUUUAGUGGUCAGAAUUAUAAAAGAAAGUUUGCCUUUGGAUCAAGCUGACAUUUAUUUGAGGGAAUUUCUACAAACAACUAGUAAAAUAGAAGAAUCUCAUAUAAUUAUCAUUCAAGCUUUAACUGAAAAGAAGACAAAUUUUGAAGAAGCUUUAGAUUUGUUAUUUGAGAAAUUAUUGGAAGUAGCCAACUAUCAUAAGCAAAAUUUGGCAUUUAUUAAAUUGUUAUUAACAAUCCUAACUAAAAUGGAACAACAGAUAAAACCAAUCCAUUUAUCUACAAUCGAUAAAAUCAUUAAAAUAAACAAAACGUUCUUAAAAAAAUCAGCAAUAAAGAUUUUCACAAAGUUACAAGUGAACUAUUUAUCAAAUGAAAACAGCAAAUUGUAUGAAAAGAAAUUCAACAAAAUUGAACAUUUGUAGAAAAUAUUUAUUUUGAAAAUAAUACAGUUAAAACAUAGAUCACUAUGAGAUUCUACUACAUUCUUAUAUAUAUAUUUUUUUAUACAUGAUGUUCUAUAAUAUUUUAUCACCAUCACCAUCCGUUAAAGCAUUACUGCUUUUUGUGAAAUAAAUAGAAUUACAGCAGGUAAGCUUAAAACAAUAUUUUCAAUUUUUCCAUUUUAUAUAUAUAUUAUUAAGUACUAAAAACAGUGACUAGUAUAUUGAAUAGUUUCUUUUUUUAAUGAAAACAAAAAAAUUUGUCAAAGAAAAUAAUGUACAGUGAUUAACCAUGAUUUAUCUACAUACAAAGCUGUUAUUUACAAACAAAAUUUUUUACAAUCAAUUUUUACAUAUUUCUAAAGAACAAGUUAUUUAAUAAAAUAUUUAAUUCCCAAGCACACUUAUGUUUAAAUUAUCAAAGAUUAGUUCCCGUACGGACAAUUAAAGCAGAAUUAAUUUAUAGAACUGGUGUAAAAAUGAUGUUGAAUAAAGCAAAUUUAUCUAAAAAGAUAGACAUCACAUCAAUAUGUUUGAAAAAUUAUUAUGAUAUGUUUUUUUUAUUUCUUUUAAGACAAAAUUAUGUAUAAACAAAAUAUUUAUCACUCAUGUUUACAAUAAAAACUUCUUUUUAACAAAAAGUAUAACAAUUUUAUAAUUAAUAAAUUAAAACUUCUUUUAAUAUACAUUCUAACAAUUCAUUGAAAUCAACAAAUUAUUCCAAUUUAUAAACUAAUUCUUUUUCUCACUUUAAAUAUUAGAAUAUAAUUAAUUUAAAAACACAAAAUAUAUUUAAAUAUGUUUGCAAUUUAAUAUAUAAAUUUAUUUUAUACAGUUUAAUAUUGUAUCUUCUAUAUAUAAACUCUCAACUCCAGCAAUGUUUACAGUAUAAAAAAAACACUAUAGAAAAAUUAAUUUUUUUUUAAUUUUCUAACUUAAUACCUGAAAAAUUUUAAGUACAAUAAACAAUUAAAUUGUUCCCUUUAACUAGUUCUUUUUAUGUUGACUUCUUUCACUAAUUUUCUAAUUAAAAUCAAUAAAAUAAUAAAUUUCUACAUUUACCAAUAUUUUAAAAAUUAAACUACUUGUACAUAACUUGUUAUAGUUUAAAAAUAUAAUAUAAUAUUGAUAACCUUAAGAAAAUUGAGUAUUUCAGGAACCACUCUCAGUACUGCUGAUACUUUUUGAGUAUAAACAAUCUUCAGAUCUUUGUAUGUAUAAAUAAAACUCACUCUCAAUAAAUACAUCUGAUUUUUUGAUGAAAUUAUUAUCCAUCAUUAAUUAUUUCAAAUUCAAUCUUACAAUUUACAAUAAUCCAUGAAAGAUGUACUAUAGCAAGCAUUAUUAAAUGGUAUAUAAUAAAUUUUUAUAAAAAAUGUUAAAAUAAAUAUCUGUAAAUGAAAUUAAGAAUGAGAUCUUAGCAAUUACCAUUCUUAGAAUUGCAUCAGAAAUGAUUUUUUUAAAUAAAUAUUUUUAUAUUACUUCAUAACUAUGAAGGUAAAUUAUAUGAAAGUAAGUCAUUAUAUAAAUAUUGAAAAUUAAACUAUUAAAUGCUUAAAGUCUUAAUCAUUAACUAAAAUAAUUGA